UGAAAAGGUGACGCGCGCUGCAGCGACGUGUGUGCCCCUCUAUUCAGCUGUCUGCGCGCGCUGCAACACAGCAAUCAGGUGGUGAAAUGUAGCCGAACUUCACGCGGGCAGGCUCUGGCAGCUAUGCUAAUAUGGGUCCACAAUGGAGAGGAAACGGUGUAUGAUGUCGAUCAACCCACUGAGACAGACUAGACCAGAUCCGCAGCAAUGAGCUCCUCCUUUCUAAAAUCUGAAUCCACCACCUCCUUACUGAAAUCAUCCUCUGCGGCGAGGAGAACGGCACACCUCCCUGAACGCACAGCAGAGAGCCGGAGAGGUCAGCAUCAGCAUCAGCACCAGCAUCACCACCGUCCAGCCGAACUCCAGAGCAGCAAAGCCGAGGAGUCCUUCUGGUCGGCAGAGUGCGACAUCAGUGCCCGGAGACCCCUGUGCCAUCCCUCCCUCAUCGGCAGCCAGGACAGUAAUAACGAUGCAGCCACUCGGGGCAAGUGUAAGACACACGCCCCCCACAGCCAAGUUCCGCCGGAGCCAAACGGCGAGGCUGGCCGGGGUGUGAAGGAGCGCUGCAGGUCAUCCAAGCCCACACACCGGCACCACCACCGCAGGAAGCACAACCGGGAGGACCGUCCACAGGCAGCAGCAGGACCGCCUGAAGUGGAGCAUCCCCGUCGCUGUCACACGCACGCCCGCACGGUCCCCAGAGUGCCCUCUCUGUCGGACAGCAACGACGACCGGGCUCCUCUCUGUGAGCCGAGGGACCAUAAAGGGGUCAGUUUGGCGAGGAGCGGCGGUCAGGUCAGCAGUCCGUCCCCGUCCUCCUGCUCCCUGGUGCCGCUGUCCAGCAGGUCGUCCCGCCGCUCCCGGAGGUCCAGUGCUGCUUCUUCUGCAUCCGAUAUCAAUUUACGCACUAUCCUCAAUUCACUGUUUGGGCAGGACAGAGAGCUGCGGCCAGAGGAAAUGGAUGAGUUGCGGGAUGCUUUCAAGGAGUUUGACAAAGACAAGGACGGUUUUAUCAGCUGUAAAGAUCUCGGUAACUGUAUGAGAACCAUGGGAUACAUGCCCACUGAGAUGGAGCUGAUUGAGCUGAGUCAACAGAUAAACAUGAACCUGGGAGGUCAUGUUGAUUUUGAGGAUUUUGUAGAGUUGAUGGGCCCGAAACUCCUCGCCGAAACUGCAGACAUGAUUGGAAUAAAAGAGUUAAAAGACGCGUUUAGAGAGUUCGACACUAAUGGAGAUGGUGCCAUAAGCACAUCUGAGCUCAGAGAUGCAAUGAGGAAGUUGUUGGGCCAACAGGUGGGACUAAAGGAAGUAGAAGAUAUCCUGAGGGAUGUUGACCUGAAUGGUGAUGGGCUUGUUGACUUUGAAGAGUUUGUACGAAUGAUGUCUCGCUAAGAUCUUAAAGUGAUCGGUCCUGAAUGUGAAGCUGCGUCCUUCUCUAUACUUGACCAAGUACACCAGAGAACAUGCUAAGAUCUCUGAGCCAUCCAAAUCUGAAUGACACUGGAAUUAAAACUCCUUGAAUGUUAUGGAGCGAGGAGUCGCCUCACACUUUCAGUCAAUAAGUGUUCUUCCUAAAAAAGUCUCAACUUCAACUGAGGCAGAAUUAGCUGUAGCCAUCUGAUGAAUGUCCAACUUGUGUUUUUUUGCACUUUAAUUCUUACUAAUAACUUCCUGUGUGGAUAGAUUGCUGGUGUCUUGUCUCAUCUUCUACGUGGUAAAAAAUAAAAAAGUCUCACAAAAUGUCACCUUCAAUGUGCAACAGUCAGGAUGUGAGAGGGAGUUCCUGCAGAAAAGAUGUAAAAGUUCAAUGCACUGUUGAACAUUUCAGUACGUCCUAACACAGUCUGUGUUAUAAUACAAAUUGUAAGUGGAAUGUCCUUUGUGUGGCAUUGGUGCUCCAACCAGGAACCCAUGUGGCAAUAUAACACCUGUAUUGUAACUGUGUGACCAUCUGUGCUUUUUUACUGUGCCAGUCGAGUCCUAUAAAACCGUCACUGUUGAUUCACUACAGUCUUAGAUCAAGGGAAGUUGACACAUUAUUUACAAAGAUGCACAGCUCUGGUUUGCAGCAUCCUAUGAUGUCUUCUUAAAAUCUUUAACCUGGCUUUGGGAGCAAGUAAUGUCUGUUUUUUAAAAUCCAUAUCGCCCCGUCUGCGAUCAUACAGUAGGAAUGACAUAUGUGAAUUGUAUUUACAGUAGAUGUGAUUAUGUUGUACCUGCUGUACUGUACGUCAAUGUCAUUAUGAUUGUAGUUGUGGUAAUGUUCCACACAUCUGUGUUGUCGAAGCCCUUUUUAUGCAUGCCAAAGAGAUACAUUUAUUAAAUUCAGUAAUGCACAUUUGCAUUUUUGGUCUAAGAAAGUAAACAAAAUAUUUCGCCAAGUUAACUGUAGAAAAAAUAAAAGGUGUUUACAUUUAA